AAGAUCAAAUGGGUUAAGAAGAAAAGGCAGAAGCUGAAAACAAGAAGCAAUCUGGAAAUGGAGAUGAAGAAGUUGAGAUGGGCAAUGGACGGCAGCUUUUGGGACCUCGACGUGUCGACUCCGAGGACCCUCGACGGACUCGUCCGACCUGUUCCCGGCGACCCACUUCCUCUGGGCCUCACCCGAGGCCCCAGGCUUUCCCGGCCCAAGCAAAUCGACUUCAUGCAGCGCUUCAUGGCCUCCAUUUUCGUCCCUUCCUACACCGCCGCUGAUGGCUUCACUCUCCAGCGAGUCCUCACCCUACCCAUUGGCGAAAAUUGGUUCGGGACGAUUCUGGGUCAGUUCAAUUUCCAGCGGUUUAUCUCCGCCGUGAAAAAGAGCGGUAAGGAGGCGCCGCCGGACUCUGUAUCUUCGUGGAUGCAAAGCAUUGGAACCCACCUGCGAGAGAAGUCCCUGUACGCCCUUUCCUUCUGUUCUGAGUUUUGGCUAACAGCUGAUGACACAUUGGUUUUGAGUGUGGACGGUUAUGGCGAUGACAAGAAACCCCGAAAGAAAGCACUUUUUCAGCACAAGUUUUCUCAUCAUAAUUUGACAGUGGAGGCAGUUUGGCCCGGGCUUUUCGCUGACAAGCCCGGAAACUAUUGGGAUGUGCCAUUCUCAAUGUCACUUGAUCUGGCUUCGGUUGCUUCUGACUCCGGGGCCAGUUAUCGUGUAUGUGCACGUCAUAAUUCAGGGACACCCGAGCGGUUUGACGGUGGCCAGAGCGAUGGAGUUCCUGUUACCCUGCUUCCCGGUUUGUCUGUCACAAGUGCAUUUUCCUUUAAGAAGAACUUUGAGCUUUGGAGGAGUCAUGCUCAGAAGUUGAGAAUGGUCCAACCAUUUGAUGUAUUCCUUUCAAAUCCUCAUGUUUCGGCUUCCGGGAUUAUUGGUGCUGUGAUGACUGCCUCGUUUGGUGAUAGUUGGGUUAGGUCACAAAUUGCAGACGAUGAUCCUCAGGGUUUUAGAGGUUUUAGUUUUUGGGCUCCUGGAGUAAAAUCUGCCUUUCUAGCAGAUAUAUUUGCAUCAGCAACAUUUACAGCCCAGCAUGGAAACUUCCAAAGGCUAUUCCUAGAUCUUUCUCGCUUUCAUGCCCGCCUGGAUUUUCCUUCUGGUUCUAAGUUUCUUUCAGGUGCAGCACAUCUAGCACAAGAUUAUUUUAAUUCUCAACAGCCAAAUUUGGAAGCUAUUCAGGACAUUUGCCCCAAUGCCACACUUUCUCUUCAGCAGCAGAUUUGUGGACCUGUCAGUUUCAGGGUUGAGUCAGGAGUUGCAGUUGAACUAAAGAACCGAGAGUGGAAUAUCCGCGUGGACGAGCCGGUGUUUGCUCUUGAAUACGCGCUGCAAGUCCUCGGUUCAGCCAAAGCUGUCGCUUGGUAUUCCCCAAAGCACCAGGAAUGCAUGAUAGAGCUUCGUUUUUACGAAACAUAAAACCAUUUCGUAUUGUGCAGCGAUAGGGUUUGUACUGUUGGAUCGUUUUGAGGGAGAUUAUACCGUUAAUGCAAAAAAAAUUAUUCACCAUAUCUAAA